CACGGUGGCAGUGGUAGAGCCCAGCAUUUUGCGAUAAGAGCUGAUUGUCGAUCUGCCCAGGUAGUAGCCCCACCGUCUGGACCACAACUUUUGCAUCCCACCGCCCUGGCCAGAAACUUUUCCAAGGGUAUUGCAGGCCGCGCCCAUCGACCAACGACCCUUCAGCCCAGUCAGGACUUGCGACAACCGACUUUCAGGUUUAUUGGCACCCAGGAAAUCCGAAAAGGAGAGCAAUCCAAGCCGAGCAACUGCCAGAAGGAUAACACUCGACAAGAUCCGGCCGCACGCUUUGCAACACCUAACCCAGGACCGGAUCUCUCUGGGUCCCCGGCUUAUCGACACAGCCUGAUAUCCUCGCACUGAUAACCUCCACACCCGUCGCCACGAUGCCUGCGCCAACAGCCCUCAAGGCUGCCCCGGAGGAGCCAGCAGCCAAACUCCCCCUCCCAACCGAUUCCCAAGACGACGACAUCCUCCUCGACGCCCCAGACGCCGUCGCCGCCGCAGCAGCAGGCGCAGAUGGGGAGGCGCCGCAGCAGCCCGAGACAGACAUGCAGCUCGAUGAUGCCGUCGACGAGGAGGGCCGGCCGCGGUUCGCCCCGUCGUCGGCGAGGUCCGAGGCGGUGCGCGUCGAGCACCGCAAGGUCCCCAUCCCGCCACACCGCAUGACGCCUCUCAAGGCCUCGUGGCCCAAGAUCUACCCGCCCCUGGUCGAGCACCUCAAGCUACAGUGCCGCAUGAACAUGAAGAGCAAGGCCGUCGAGCUGCGCACCUCCAAGGCCACCACCGACAAUGGCGCCAUCCAGAAGGGCGCCGACUUUGUGCGCGCCUUUGCGCUCGGCUUCGACGUCGACGACGCCAUCGCCCUGCUGCGGAUGGAUGACCUCUAUAUUGAGACGUUUGAGAUAAAAGAUGUCAAGACACUUCAGGGCGACCAUCUCGCCCGUGCCAUCGGCCGUAUUGCAGGCAAGGACGGCAAGACCAGGUACGCGAUCGAGAAUGCCUCGCGGACGCGGGUGGUGCUCGCCGACUCCAAGAUCCACAUCCUUGGGGCAUUCAAGAAUACGAGGAUCGCCCGUGAGUCCAUCGUCAGCCUGAUUCUCGGAAAGCCACCAGGCAAGGUCUACAACGGCCUGAGGACGGUGUCGGCACGCAUGAAGGAGAGGUUCUGAGCCCCUGUGGGUUGCGGUUAUUUCACGAUUAUACAUACAAUGGCAUGAAGGCGAACCGGCGUUUCUCUUUUGGGGUCAACAUUUGGCCGAAAAGUUUGCAUUUCGCAGAGGAAUUUCCGAUACCUGAAGAUAGCACGUCUCGUUCCGAUAGGCGGAGAACAAAACUCCUGAGACAUUAAAUGACUGAAUACCUCCAAUGACCAUUGACUUCCGUACCUGAGGCCUGGCUGUGCGGCAUCAGAUGAAUGCUGCUAGGAUGAGGUAUCUGGUUCAAAAGAAUAGAGGCCGCUUGGUCGCCUUGAAACUCUUAACAAAGCUCCGCGCUUCUUUGUUGCUGCGUCAGGCUUCCGCAGCAGCCCUGAAUUACCUCAGAUACAUCUCAACGGUACAGAGGUCCUCAAUGUCAGCCUCUUCAACUGUCCCGUCUCCCUCUAACCACUCGCCCUCGAAUCUAAGCUUGAUCUCUCGGUCAUUGGGGAUUUUCCUCAUCUUCCGAAUCGCAGGAAUGAGAAGGCGGAUCUGCAUGUCGGCGUAGACUGUCAAUUUGAACGGCUCUUGAUCCUUCUCCUUGAUGGAAAUUCGAAUUUUUGUGUCCCUCUCGUCCGGCUCCUCGGCAAAUUCCUCGUCGGAUACAUCCUCGACCAGAUCCCCGCGUUUCACCAUCCUCUGCUUCUCCUCCUCAGCAAGCCACCUGUCAUAAUCCUCCUGAGUCCACGCCUCGAGAAGGACACCUCCCUUCAUGAAUCCAGGGGUUGAGGACGAUCUCGAGUUCUCGGCGGCUGGCAGUUUCCACCCCAAACUGACGCCCGUGGACACGUCGUAGAUCUUGCGGCGCUUCCAGGUGAGAAAGGUGUUUGCCUCGUCCUCUUCAGAGAUUGCAUGACCACCCUUCUGCAGCCACAUUAUGAAGAACCGGCGAAUGACUCCCAGGUUCUGGCUCAUGCCACGCUUCGCGCCAAAGGGACCGACAUCAGGGAACCUCGCCAUGCGUGAUUGAACAAAAAUCUCGACCUCAAUCAUGGGCUCCCUCUUUGGCGCGCCAUCUGGGGUUGCGGGUUGGCACUCAGCUCUGGAUGCCGCUGCUGCGGCCGCCUCAGCCUUGGCGGCAUCCUCGCGCUCCCUGGCACGCACAACGAAAUGUGCAAAUGGGUCAUCCUUGUCUGCAGUGUUCGAAGAGUUCUCGAACAAGUCGUCAUCGUCGUCAUCAAUUGUGAUUGAAACAAAACUUGGCGUCUCCUCAUCCCGAGUUACUGAAGCGUCCCUGAUUGUUCUCGUGCUGGUCGUCGCUGCAGAUGUGGCACGCCUGGAUGGAGGAAGCUUCUCAAAGGCAUCAUCCUCCUCAUCGACCAGGGAGAUCACCUCAUUGGCGCAUGGCUGGUUGGAGCUCGAUCUUGUGGGUGUAAGCAGAAUGUCACCUUGCACCGGUUGCACGCUUCCCUUUCCCUUGCUCUGAGCUGGCGACGGCGUUGACCGCAUCGUGCGUGGCUUCUGUGGAGAUGUUGAAAUUGACUUUGUGGAGCGACGCGGAGGCGUUGGUGGCCCGUACAGGUCGUCUUCGGUGUCCUUAAAGUCGGUCGUGCGCAUGGGCGACGAGAGCUUGCGUCGCUUGGAAGAUGGAGGCGACGGGGAUUGAGUGCUUGCUUGAGAAAGUCGAUCGUGGUCUUCUACUUCAUCUGGUGAGACCUGCGGGCGCACCUGCUCUUGCACCACGAUAGGGAAGAAGUCGCGGGAUCGCCUGAAUAAGUCGAGGCCAUCGUCGUCCUCGCCUGCUUCGUUGCCAGAUUUCCCGCCGCCGGAUUGCCCUCCGUCUGCAUCGGAGCUUGGGCUUGACUUGGGACCUGACUUGAGGAAUGCGAACGCCUUCUUCUUCUUGAUGCCCUUUGCAGGCGUUCCCAUUGUGUCGGCCAUGGUGGGGUACCAGCCUUGACUUGUCACGCAGGAUAAUCAAGAUGCAACGGGAGGUGGAUGUUCCGAGCUCGUCGGCGUCGCGCUCCAGGAUAUGUCCAGGCUGAAGUCGUCGCCUGCGUGGUGGCUGUGAAACUUUAUGGCGACAACAAAUGCGACCAGAGAAUGCGCGAGCGCAACAACAGUGUUCUCUGGCGGGCUAUCCACUACGGUGCAGGGAGUCUGAGGUGAAGCCCGGGUAAGAUAAGAGGGAAACGGCUGGUUCGGUUGGAAAGUGGCGUUGUGCUUGUCGCGGGAUGCGCGAUGGCGAGGCGCGUUUCCACCGGGCGUGUUUAAUGAGGAUUAGAAAAGAACAAGGCGAUCUCAUUGCAGCUGCCGGGGCAACGAGUGGAGAGGGUUCAAC